AUGAAGCGGCCGCUGAGCCCAUCGCCCCCAGGUGAGAAGGAGCCCCCCACAGCUGGCCCUGCAGAGUGCCCCCCUCGGCUCCCCGAAGCGCCGAAGCCCAAGCGGGAGAGGAAGCGGCCGUCGUACACGCUCUGUGAUGUGUGCAACAUCCAGCUGAACUCCGCCGCCCAGGCGCAGGUGCACUGUGGGGGGCGUGCCCACCAGAGGCGGCUGCGGCAGCUCAGCUUGGGCAAAAACCCCUCGGGGCCAGCAGGCCCGGCCUCCAGCGCCCCCAGCCCCCUUCUGGGCUCCCUGCCCCUGCCCACCCGGCCUCUGCAGCCCCCGCUGGACCUCAAGCACUUGCUCGCCUUCCACUUCAAUGGCGCCGCCCCGCUCAGUCUCUUCCCCAACUUCAGCACGAUGGACCCGGUCCAGAAAGCUGUCAUCAGCCACACGUUUGGGGUCCCCUCCCCUCUGAAGAAGAAGCUCUUCAUUUCCUGUAACAUCUGUCACCUGAGGUUCAACUCAGCGAACCAGGCAGAGGCUCAUUAUAAAGGCCACAAACAUGCCAGGAAGCUCAAGGCCAUGGAAGCUGCCAAGAACAAGCAGAGGCCACCAACCCCGGCCCAGGAUGGGGUGGCCACAGCGUCCCCAACCCCGACUCCAGCCGGUGGAGCCCCCAGAGAGCCACAGAGCAAAGCAGCUCCUGCAACCCCUCCUCUUGGCCCUCCACUCCAGCUACCGUCGACCCCGGACCCCACAUCAGGAGAGCCAGCCCACUCAGACCUCUUGGAUGCCGCCUCCUCUUCCUCUUCUUCCUCCUGCCCACCCUGUUCCCCAGAGCCUGGGAGAGAGGCGCUAGGCCCCGAGCCGACAGCGGCGGCCGUGGGAAGCGUCGUGAGUGGGGACAGCAGGGGUGAGAAGGGGCGUCUCUACUGCCCCACAUGUAAGGUCACGGUGAAUUCAGCCUCCCAGCUUCAGGCUCACAACACAGGAGCCAAGCACCGGUGGAUGGUGGAAGGUCAGCAUGGGGCCCCCCGAAGGGGCCGGGGCCGCCCGGUACCCAGGGGAGGGCCUGGACACAAGGCCAAGAGAGUGACAGGGGGCCGGAAUGGCCGGCAGGGACCCACUCCCCCGUUUCACUGUGCUCUCUGCCAGCUCCAGGUCAAUUCAGAGACCCAGCUCAAGCAGCACAUGAGCAGCAGGAGGCACAAAGACCGCCUGGCUGGGAAGCCCCCCAAGCCCUGCAGCCAGCCCAGCAAGCUGCAGAAGCACGCAGCCCUGGCUAUGAGCAUCCUCAAGUCCAAACUGGCCUUGCAGAAGCAACUGACCAAGACGCUGGCGGCCCGCUUCCUGCCCAGCCCGCUGCCCGCCACGGCCAUCUGCGCGCUGCCCGGGCCGCUGGCCCUCCGCCCUGCCCCCACCGCCGCCGCCACCGCCGCUGCUGCCGCCACCCUCUUCCCAGCCCCCAUCCUGGGCCCAGCUCUUUUUCGCACCCCAGCGGGAGCCGUCCGCCCUGCCACGGGACCCAUAGUCUUUGCUCCCUAUUAG